UUAUUUUUAUUUUUUCAGGAAAAUAUCGCAUGCAAUGAUACGCAGCCAAUAAGAGAUGACAUAAAUAUGUUAGACAAUGUGCGGUUAUUGUGCCGUGAAUUUGAUUCAUUAGCAUACAUUUGGACUUCGAAUAAUAAAAUUGAUGGUGCCAAAAUAAUUGUGGAAUUGAUAUCACACGAUAAACUGGACAUGCAUUUGAUAUUGGAGAUGAAUUCGUCGUACAUUCGUCUUAACAAUCUAAAGCCCAAUACCGAAUACGCUGCUAGAUUCCGAAAGCUGGUCAACGGUACUACAUAUCAUAUAAUGGAUACACCGAUCUACAAGACAUUGGACGAUGGAAAAAUUUUAGGCUCGGUGCACACAAUUAAAAUUUCCAACUUUACCGUGGCUAUCAAUUCUACAAUAAACAUGACACUGGCCUGGACGCCAUCGAAUGACAUGAAUUGUCGUCACAAAAUCGUUUAUCACCCGAACGAUUUAAGCGAAAGAUUGAAAUCUCAUAUUGUGGACAUCAGAGAAUCGAAUUCUGUCAAAUUAAACAGUUUGACUGUGGACAUGGAAUAUACAGUUUUUGUACAAUCGUACUAUAGAAAUAAGUCGUUGAUCGUCACUGGCAACCCAGUGGAAUUCAAAUUCACGACGCCGUCGUGUCAGGAAAUCAACAAAUUCAACAUGUUGGACUUGUGCCCCCCGGGAAAACCGUUCGACGUGAAGCUGUCCGAGGCGCUAUCGACGCGCAGCAGCACUCACGAGGGCAGCAGCAGAUACGACGUCAGGGUGCACUGGAAGAGUCCGAACACGGGCGGCCGGGGAGUGGACUAUUUCAGGGUGAAGUUGGACAACGAGGCGAAGAACGUGUCGG